AUGCCAAUAAGCUCAACGAACGACUAUGCAAUUCCACUUGAAAAUCGACCACCUAUCAUGGCAACGUUUAUAUCAUUGUAUGCAUUAAUUUUUUUCUUUGGUAUAACUGGAAAUGCUCUUGUCAUUUUUGUUGUAUGUCGGAAUAAAGCAAUGCAAACUGUUACGAAUGUGUUUAUAACGAAUUUAGCACUUUCAGAUAUUCUUAUGUGCUGUUUAGCUGUUCCAUUUACACCAAUAUCAGCCUAUGGACACACAUGGCAUCUGGGAAGAAUACUAUGCCAUCUAGUGCCGAUGUCUUUAGGAAUAUCAGUUUAUGUAUCAACAUUAACUUCUUUAGCAAUAGCUGUUGACCGUUACUUUGUUAUAGUACAUCCAUUUCGUUCUCGAAUGCGUUUAGGUGUCUGUAUAUUAUUAAUUGUUGUUAUAUGGAUUGUUGGCAUUUCCAUAUCGUUACCUUUAGCUAUCUAUAUGCGAUUCGAUCGUACAAAAUGUGAAGAGUAUUGGCCACAGUAUACGUCGAGAAGAUUUUUUAAUUUUUCGUCAUUAGUUUUACAAUAUCUAAUUCCGUUCUCAGUUAUAUCAUUCAGCUACUAUAAAGUAUGGGCUGUUCUUGCACGUCGUUCAUUACCGGGACGUACACGAAUACGUGAAGAAAUUGAACUUUGUCGUAAAAAGCGCACAAAUCGAAUGUUAAUUGCUAUGGUCGUUAUAUUUGCUAUAUGUUGGUUACCCUUGAAUAUCGUUCAUAUGGUUGCAGAAUUUCAUCGCUCCGACUUAAGUCAUUAUAAAGUUUUAUUCUUAAGUACACACGUCAUUGCCAUGUCAUCGACAGUCUAUAAUCCAUUUUUAUACUCAUGGUUAAAUGAUAAUUUUCGUAAGGAAUUUCAACAAAUUAUACCUUGUUUAUUUAAAAUAUGCCCAUGUUUCAAUCAAAAUAGCUUAAAUAAUACUAUCAAUACGAUAGGCGAUGGUGAAAUGUAUAAUGAUCGCCCGAAUACAUACCGUGCGCCAACAGAAUCAACAACAGAUGGAAACUCCAAUGGUUUUACAGUGAAAAAAACAACUUUAGAAAAUAUUCCAUUAGCAUCAAUCAAACAAAGUCCAUCUAUAGAAGAACCAUUAAUUACGUCAAACAAUCCAACAGCAAUUAAUACUAAUUUUCAUAAUGUAUAA